UGGAUACCUCCAUACAUUCCAACCCAGAUACUUCCAUACAGGAUGGAAGAUUUCUCACGGUUCUCGGCAGAAAACGACGACAUUUCAUCUUCUCCUUCCUCGGAAUCAUCUUUGGAAUCAUCGCCAAGUACUCCUAGUACUCCUGGUAGCCGAUCAACAGAACCCCAAAAAAAGUCGGAUAUCGAAGAUUCACCGAAAAGUUCUAAACAGAAAAGUUCCGAGACAAUGUGGGGCUCAGGACAAACUGGGUUUGGUGGAGGCCAAUCCUACAACCAAGGACAAUCUGGAGGACAGUAUCAAGAGCUUGGUCAACCUCGAGGUCAAUUUUCAAAUCAAAGAGGACAGUUUCAAGAUCAAUUCUCCGGCCCAUCAGGAUUUCAACCAAACCCAGGAUUCGGUUUCUCUAGUUCAAAUUUAUCCCAUCGGCCCGGGUUCCAACAACCUUCAGGUUAUUUGGUGGAUUCUGGUUCAACAAGACCAGGGUUUUCCUUCCACCAAUUUAGCACACCAAUAACACAAGAUUAUGGACCACCAAAGAUCGAACCUGAAGAAGAUAAAGGGACUGUUUUCAAUUGUCCACCAAAUUCUGAGGAUCGACUCAGAACUGAAAGAGUAUACGAGGAACCAGCUCCUGGAGAAUUCACAAUUGAGAAAACAGAAGAAUCUGAACCUGGAUCCCCUUCUCAUAAUCCUACAAGAACGAAAAGAGUGAAGUUACGAGACAUGAUGUCACGUGUUGUUAAAUCUGCUCUCAGUAAUCAAGAGUUUGAAAGGGAAGCAGAUAGAUUCAAUCGGGAGCUGACUGUUAGUAUGGCUGGUCAAGAUGAAUUCAUCAAGACGGAAAAAUAAAUUCAAAAUUAUAAAAUCAAAACUUUCAGUACUUUUUUUAUGUUCAAUAUAUUAUAAGAGUAUAUUUCCAACCUUGUAUGAUGUAUAUAAAAUAUUUAUAUUUUUCACCUUGAUUAACAAUUGUUAAAUCUUCAAACUAAGAAUAAGAUUUAGAAAAAAGAGACACGAAGAGGUUCGCCAAACAGAUUUUUAAACAAAAACAAACCAACACAUAUUUUCUGACACUGACACUGAAUCUACAAUGAACUGAGCUAGGUGGUUUAAAAAUCAGAUGUUGCUUAUAUAUCUGGUUCAAAUGUUCUUUUCUUGUGAUAGCCUUAAACCAACCUAAUUUUAAUUAUUUUUAUUAUUGUCGUGAACUUUAGAAAACCAGUGAUUGACUUGAA